AUGGUCGGUUUCAAGCAACUCGCGCUGCUCGCAGCUGCUACCUGCGGCUUCGCUGCUCCCACUCUCAAGGAGAGAGCUGCCGAGACCAUGGUCCAGACCCGGGCUGAGAACAGCUACAUCAUCACCCUCAAGAGCUCCGUCGGCUCCCAGGGACUCACCUCUCACUUGAGCUGGGUCAACGAUGUUCACUCCCGCAGCCUCGACAAGCGCCAGUUCACCGGCGCCGAGCGCACCUACUCCUUCAACUCCUUCCAGGGAUACUCUGGCAAGUUCGACGAUGCCACCAUUGAGGCUAUCAAGGCCAGCCCUGAGGUCGCUGCCGUUGAGCGUGACGAGAUCUACACUCUGAGCGCCCUUGUCACCCAGACUGGUGCUCCCUGGGGUCUCGGAACCAUUUCCCACAAGACCUCCGGCUCUACUUCGUACAUCUACGACAGCGCCGGCGGCACUGGCACCUUCGCCUACGUCGUCGACUCGGGCAUCAACACCGCCCACACCAACUUCGGCGGCCGCGCCUCGCUCGGCUACAACGCCGCCGGCGGUGCCCACACCGACACCCUCGGCCACGGCACCCACGUUGCUGGCACCAUUGGCUCCACCACCUACGGUGUCGCCAAGCUCACCUCCCUGAUCUCCGUCAAGGUCUUCGUCGGCAACUCCGCCUCCACCUCGGUCAUUCUCGACGGAUACAACUGGGCCGUCAACGACAUCACCACCAAGGGCCGCGCCGGCAAGUCCGUCAUCAACAUGUCCCUCGGCGGCCCCGCUUCCACCGCCUGGACCACUGCCAUCAACGCCGCCUACAACUCCGGCGUCACCACCGUCGUCGCCGCCGGUAACGAGGCCCAGAACGCCGCCAACGUCUCCCCCGCCAACGCUGCCAACGCCAUCACCGUCGGUGCCAUCACCAGCACCUGGGCCAUUGCUUCUUACUCCAACUACGGAACUUCCCUGGACAUCUUCGCCCCCGGCAGCUCCAUCCUGUCCACCUGGUACACCUCCACCACCGCCACCAACACCAUCUCCGGUACCUCCAUGGCCUCCCCCCACGUCGCCGGCCUCGUCAACUACCUCCAGUCCGUCGAGGGCCUCAGCACCCCCGCCUCCAUCGUUGCCCGCAUCAAGGCCCUUGGUACCUCUGGCAAGAUCACCGGUACCCUCAACAGCUCCCCCAACCUGGUUGCCUACAACGGCAACGGCGCGUAA